GACCCGCAACACCUGAGAUGCGGAGGGCGGUUCCCUCGCGCUCUCAUUCUCUCCUCCCGCCCCUCCAAAUUUUGGUCGGAGGAAAGAAAACAGGCUCGCGCCGGGGCGUGUGCGAAGACCAGACGAGGGGAGAGGGACACACCCUCCCUUUAGCCCGCCCCGCGCUGCGCGGCGCGGGGAGGCGGGGGCCCGGCGAGGCUGCGCCCACGGAGAACGCCGGCGCCCAGCCACCAGCGCAGACCAUGGCCCGCUGACUCCAGCGGGAGCGCCGCGCCCGACGGGAUGAUGCGCUGGAGGGGCCCCUGGCCGUGGCGCGCGCGGCUGCUGACGACCCCCGGAACCCAAGGCCAAGCGCAUUCGCGGCCGCCGAUGCCCCAGGUUUUGUGUGUGAAACUGUAUGGACAUCUGAAAUACUAUCAGUCAAAUUUUUAUAGUACAGUGGUGCCACCUGAUGAAAUCACAGUUAAUUACAGGCAUGGUCUUCCCUUGAUUACGCUUACUUUGCCAUCCAGAAAAGAGCGCUGUCAAUUUGUAGUCAAACCAUUGUUAUCAACGGUUGGUUCCUUCCUUCAGGACCUGCAAAAUGAAGAUAAAGGUAUCAAAACUGCUGCCAUAGUCACACCAGAUGGCAGUGAAGUGGCAGCUUCAACCUUAAUGGAAACUUUGCUAAUGAAUGAUUUUAAACUUGUUAUUAAUGAAAUAACAUAUGAGGUACAGUGCUCCAAGGAAGAAAAACCGAGUAGCGAGCAUGCCACUGAGAUGGAAAACAUGAAAUCCUUGGUUCACAGACUGUUCACCACCUUGCAUUCAGGCGAGUUUCAGAAACAGAGAGAGCGCCAUCUACUGGAGAAAAUUAACCACCUGAAGGGACAGCUGCAGCCCCUUGAACAGAUGAAGGCUAAAAUCGAAGCGCGCUCAGAAGCCAAAUCCAGUGGACUCCUGUGGGCUGGAUUGGCACUGCUGUCCAUUCAGGGCGGGGCACUGGCCUGGCUCACUUGGUGGGUGUACUCCUGGGAUAUCAUGGAACCAGUCACGUACUUCAUCACCUUUGCAAAUUCCAUGGUCUUUUUUGCAUACUUUAUAGUCACUCGACAGGAUUAUACUUACUCAGCUGUUAAGAGCCGGCAGUUUCUUCACUUCUUCCACAAGAGAUCAAAGCAGCAGCAUUUUGACGUGGCACAGUACAACAAGCUCAAAGAAGAUCUUGCUAAGCUUUCAGAUGAGAAAAGAGAGGCAAACCCUGCUAGAAAGUGGGGAAACCAGGGUAUGAAGCCAGAUGUUUGACUCUGGAUCCUGUACUCUGAAGGACUUCGUACAAUCUGGUUUUUAGGGACCAUUUAUCUCUGGCCUCCUAGUGGACUCAUUAGUUUUGUCCAGAGGGUGACUUCUCAACGCAUAACUAGAUUUCUAAUUUUUCUUAGCAAUUUUGUAAGAAAAAAGUUUUGGUAAAAUUAUCUUCCAUUGCUCAAUGCAUGAUCAUUUAAUAGCCAGUAAUCAUCAUAUCUUUUGUUACCUGUACCUUCUAAACUGCCCACCCCUCAAAUUUUAAAAAAGGAAAGCUAUAUUUAGAAUUGAAUCUGUAGCCCAAAAAUUGGAGAUAAAGAGCCUUUAAAAAAAUAUUUUUAGGAGUUCUUGCUAUGGUACACU